AUGGUUGCCACCAACGCCCAGGUCUCCGAUCUGUACACGGAGGUCUCGCGCCUCGCCAAGUUUCCCUUUGAGCCCUACUGGCCCGAGCGCACCCUGAAGAUUUGUGUGACCGGCGCCGGCGGCUUCAUCGGCUCGCACCUGGCCCGCCGCCUCAAGUCUGAGGGCCACUACAUCGUGGCCUGCGACUGGAAGCGCAAUGAGCACUUCUCGGAGGAGGAGUUCUGCGACGAGUUCCACCUGGUUGACCUGCGCCUGUUUGAGAACUGCAAGAAGGUCGUGUCCGGCUGCGACCACGCAUUCCACAUGGCGGCAGACAUGGGCGGCAUGGGCUUCAUCCAGUCCAACCACUCUGUCAUCCUCUACAACAACACCAUGAUCUCCUACAACUUCCUGGAGGCGGCGCGCCAGGCCAAGGUCCAGCGCCUGUUCUACGCCUCGUCAGCGUGCAUCUACCCGGAGUACAAGCAGCUCGACGUUGAGAUCGAGGGCGGCGGCCUCAAGGAGUCUGACGCCUGGCCCGCGCAGCCCCAGGACGCUUAUGGCCUGGAGAAGCUGGCCACCGAGGAGCUGUGCAUGCACUACGACAAGGACUUUGGCAUCGAGUGCCGUAUCGGGCGCUUCCACAACAUCUAUGGGCCGCACGGCACCUGGAAGGGUGGCCGCGAGAAGGCGCCCGCUGCGUUCUGCCGCAAGGUGCUGACCAGCCCCGAUGAGAUUGAGAUGUGGGGCGAUGGGAAGCAGACGCGCAGCUUCACCUACAUCGAUGACUGCGUGGAGGGUAUCCUGCGCAUCACCAAGAGCGAGUUCAGGGAGCCCCUCAACCUGGGCAGCACCGAGAUGGUGUCGAUGAACGAGAUGAUGCAGAUCGUGAUGGACAUUGAGGGCAAGAACCUGCCCAUCAAGCACAUCCCCGGCCCCGAGGGCGUGCGCGGCCGCAACAGCGACAACGAGCUCAUCCUGGAGAAGCUGGGCUGGCAGCCCACUGUCAGCCUGAGGGACGGUCUGAGGAUGACUUACACCUGGAUCAAGGGCCAGAUUGACAAGGAGAUCAGGGAGCGAAAGGUGGAUGCCUCUGUCUAUUCCACUUCCACCAUUGUCAAGACCAGCGCGCCCACUGAGCUCGGCGCCCUGCGCAAGGCGGAUGGCGACGAGGGCUUUGACGCCGGCGCCGCCAAGCCCGAGUUUGUGAUUGCUGCGUGA